AUGCCUCUUCCCUCGGCCUUGCUCCCCGCGCUGCUGCUGGGGCUGCUGUCGCCGUGGCCCGGGCGCGGGGCCCCGCUGCCCGCCCCGCACAACGACACGCUGGAGAGGCGCUGGGAGACCCUCUUCUCCCGCUCCAUGGCCCGGCUCCCCGGGGACAGGAAGGACCAGAGCCGCGAUGGGGACUAUCUGCUGGGCAUCAAGAGGCUGCGGCGGCUCUACUGCAACGUGGGCAUCGGGUUUCACAUCCAGGUCCUCCCCGACGGCAGGAUCCUCGGCGUCCACAACGAGAACCGCUACAGCCUGCUUGAGAUCUCGCCGGUGGAGAGAGGAGUGGUGACGCUGUUCGGGAUGAAAAGCCAUCUCUUCGUGGCCAUGAACAGCAAGGGCAAGCUCUAUGCAUCUAUCUACUUCAACGAUGAAUGCAAGUUUAAAGAAAUCCUCUUGCCCAACAACUACAACGCUUAUGAGUCCAGAAGCUACCCAGGGAUGUACAUCGCCCUGAGUAAAAAUGGAAAAACCAAAAAAGGAAAUAAAGUGUCUCCCACAAUGACAGUCACCCAUUUCCUCCCCAGGAUUUGA